AGAGGAACAGUAGAUGGACAGGCAGGCAGGAAAACAGACAGGCAGACAGGCUGAAGACUAAGAGGAGGAGAGGAGGAAAAAGAGGAGGAGGAUUAGGAGGAGGAAGAGGAGGAGGAGGAGGCCUGUCAAUCAGCCUCCAGGUAACCCCAGCAUACACAAGGUUUACGCCUGCUGCAGCUGCUGCUGAGCUGAUUUGCACCUGUUCAUGGCUCCCGCUCUAGGUGUCUUCACAGAUGUCCUGAUGAUAUUCCUUGUGCUAUCCACCUGGCCUACCCCAGCAUUCUUCCAGAUCCAGGGAGAUCCAGAGGUUGAGGGGGCAUAUCCCAGCCUCAAUGUGACCUUCAACUCUAGGACAAUGAACCUAAGCUGGGACUGCCCAGAGAACAUGACUGAAGCCAGGUGCUUGCUGAGACAUGAGGAGACAGGGAAAAUCAUCAUGAAGGUCUCCCGGAUGGGAUGCAGCUGCACCUUCACCUCCAUGACACUGCAUGCGGGAGCCACACUCGAGGUCCAGGUGACAGCUCAUCAGAGACACCUGCGUGAGACUCUGGUCUAUGCCAACACAGGCGUGGAGGGCACGGCCGCCAGGAACUUCUCCUGCUUCAUCUACGAUGCCGAUUUCCUGAACUGCACCUGGGCUCGGGGGCCAGUUGCCCCCGUGGAUACCCAAUACUUCCUGUUUCUGCAGGAUUCUAGGAGCCAAGGCAAGAGGGAAACAGAAUGCCCCGGGUACCUGAAGGAGGCGGGCACGAACCUGGGCUGCCACCUACACGGCCUGUCCAGGUGGCCCUUCUACACCUACUUCCUGGUCAAUGGCAGCAGCCGGCACAUGCACAUCCAGUUCUUCGAUGCCAUACUAUCCACCAAAGAAAUAGAACGCUUCAGCCCUCCGGCCAACACCAGUGUCCACUGCAACGAGUCCCACUGCCUGAUCCAGUGGCUGCAGCCCAAGACCCAGCAGCGGCUGUCAUAUCUGGACUUCCAAUACCAGCUGGACAUCCAGAAGGAGGUCUGUGGUGUCUCCUCAGAGGUCCCUAAGAACAUGGAACCUGGCAGCUGGAACCCCCUGGUUGAAGUAUCUGGUGCAUCAGAGAACAAAUACAACUUCCCCAGCCUGCAGCCCAGAGUCAGGCACUGGGUGCGGGUCCGAGCUGCGGAUGCCAGGGUCCUGGGCUGGAGCCCCUGGAGCCAGCCUGUGCACUUUGGCUCUGACACAGAGGAUGGCGGCCUGCUGCGUGUGUCCCUGCUUGUGGUCUUGGGGACCCUUGUCUGCACCCUUGUGUUGGGCUUUCUCGCUAAAAGGUUCUUCAAAAUGUGUGGCCUCUUGUCACCAAUCCCGCAUGUGAAAGACAAAUUGAAUGACCAGCAGGAUCUUGAGCACCAGGUUGCCUGGGACGAGUUCCCAGUGGGUUCCGGUAAAUGUGAGAAUGAGGAGGUGCUGACAGUACAGGACGCUGGACAGGCCUUGGGGGCCAGAGCAUGAAUUGGCAGGUGCAUGCUUUCUAGAAGCUUCUGGACAGACAACAGGGAACAUGGUUGUAAGAGACCAAAUCUGAGGAACUGACUGACCAUGGUUUUGCUCAUCAGGAUGUGGGAAGGAAGGCUGAGCCGUCUGUCAUGCCGAGUCUGCCCCUUGCAUCUGGCUGUGGUCUCAGGUCAGCAGCAUCUCAAGUCUCCCGUUUGUGGAGUGAACCAGCAGAAGCUAGCCCUUUCUCUACCUUUUCAAUAAAUUUACAUAAAUUUAAAUAAAUUAA